AUGGACGGCAUUGGAACCCUGCAACCGGUUAACUUAUCUGGUCGUACUUUCAUUCCAAUUCACUCUUCGACCCCAUCCGAAGACCUCGAGGAGACCUCACCGGCUAUAUUCCCUCCCUUCAGCCAUUCAGCCAUCAAAUAUCUUAUUCCCACCUCCUUGCUGCCCAACAUGAUGAUCAUGGCCUGUACCAACGGAAAUGAUGGAUACCCCUGCCAGGCCGAAUUCAAUCGGCGAAUGGAGCACUACAUUGCUAGAAAAAAACGUUCGGAGAGGACUGUGGUUAGUGAAGGCGAGCUGGCGAUAAUCUAUCAUCUUUUGUCGGACCCGGCCGCCAUGCGAGCCGAGGUCGAUGUCAGCCAUCGGACCUGGGUGAAAAAAACUUUCAUGCUCAAAUCGUUUGGUAAUGGCACCUUCGUCUGUCACAAGGAUAAAGGGCAAUCGAUGUCUCAACCGGUGGCGUCGAAGGAGAAGAUGUACUUUAUCCUCAAGCAAGCACACGCCUCGGAAGGACAUGGGGGUCGAGACAAGACCGCCAAAGCCGUGAAGAAGACGCACUCUUUCAUUCGUAAAAGCUUGAUUUGUCUGUUCUUGGAAGUCUGUCCGACCUGCAAGACCCGCAAUGAAGCAGUGAAGAAAGACAAACUGGCGAACGCCCAAAGCGCCAGAGAUGCACCCAGUCCACUCAGUCACUUGGAGUCUGCUUCAAGCAUCGAUUCAUGGGACCAAUCCUCGCUACAAAUCCAUCCAACUCACUCCUUAAACCCCUACCAGAGCAGUAGCUAUCAUCCAACCUCCCCGUUCUAUCCCGUGGAAGACAAUCAAAGGUUGACAAUUCCAACCUUGAGUACUGCCCUGAGAAGAGCGCCUUCGCAUGGCGUUGUUGGGACUUUGUUCCCUGAUCCGGGUACCAGUCAUGCUCGUAGUCACACCUUCCCCCUCCUCGACAAUAGCUACCCUCUUCAACAAGAACAAUUCGCACAGUCUCCCGUUGGAUUUGGCUUCCAAUCUCCGCUGCUGUCCGCGGUCGGCUCCCAGGGCGGCUCGGUGUACGAUUCUUAUAAUAUCGACCAUCUAUCCGAGCUGACGGCCGCACUCCAGCAGCAAAGUUUCUGUCCUCCCAUCUUCUCAGUUCAAGUCGAUGCCCCUGGCCAUGAAGUACGAAGUUCCGGGCAAGAUUUCUUCCUUGAUGAUCAGACUUAUUUCAAUCUCCACCCGCACCAGUCACGUAUUUCUUCUGAGGCCAUGACCUCACAGGGCUCUUCCAACAAUCUAUAUGACCCCACUAAUGUCCCCUAUCUCUUGAGCUCUCAACCUGAACAGACUUUUCAAUGCACCUCAGCCAUCAUGCACUACGACUCUUUCAAUAACUCAGGUCCCAGUUCGGAGCAUGAUCAGUCACCCUCCAACUCAUUUGAGCAAGCUCAUGAGGACAACUUGAGCAAAUCCCGCAUGAGCUCCGCAGGGCCCCCUACCUCGUUGGAAUUGAAUACGUACGACCUCAUGUCCUCCUACAACCCCGCCGCCUCGGUCCGGGCUGAGACGUUCGGGCAAAUCCAGUCGCAGGAGGGUGGUCGACGCUCCUUCCAGGACAAGAACUACAAACACCUAUCACUCCAAUCACUCACGGGCUCCCAGAACAUUCAGGACACCUUCCGGAACAGCGACUCUGGGACAUACUCUAGCCCUUCGACGGCCGGGUCCAUGUGGACAACUUCUGGCGAUAUCAGCACGUCCAUGCUGACCGCCGACUACCAACAAUUGAUAUCCGGUUUUGCCGCAACCGGCGAAAGUUUUGACCGGGAAGAAUUGCAGUAG